CCCCCCAUCCACAGGUCCACACGUCCAUCCGUCCAUCCAUCCGUCCGUGCCGCCCCAACGCCAUGUACACCGCGCUCCCCAAAAGCGGUUCCCCUUUCGGCCCCGAUGCCACCAGCCCGGGGCUGCACAUCUGGCGGGUGGAGAAGCUGCGGCCAGUGCAGGUCCCUGAGGCCACCCUGGGCGUUUUCUUCUCGGGGGACGCGUACCUGGUGCUGCACAACGGGCCCGAGGAGCAGCCCCACCUCCACCUGUGGAUGGGUCGGGACUCCUCGCAGGAUGAGCGAGGUGCCUGUGCCCUCCUCUCCACCCAGCUGAGCUCGCUGCUGGGCGAGCGCCCCGUCACCCACCGCGAGGUUCAGGGCCACGAGUCUGAUCUCUUCAUGGAGUACUUCCCCCACGGCCUCACCUACCAGGAGGGUGGUGUGGCCUCGGCAUUUAAACACACYCGCCCCAGCCCUGGCUCUGGCGCCGGCGCUGCACCCAAACUCUACCAGGUGAAGGGCAAGAGGAAGAUCCGGGCGAGCCAGCGGGACCCGACCUGGGCCAGCUUCAACACCGGCGACUGCUUCCUGCUUGACCUGGGACAGACCCUCUUCAUCUGGUGUGGGGCCCGGAGCAAUGUCCUGGAGCGCAGCAGGGCGCAGGAGCUGGCUGCUGCCAUCCGSGACGGCGAGCGGGGUGGCAAAGCACGCCUGGAGAUUGUGGCUGACGGUGAGGACCCACCUGAGAUGAUUCAGGUGCUGGGCCCCAAGCCCACCUUGCAGGAGGGCAGCCCCGAGGAGGACGUGGUGGCUGACCAGAGCAACGCAGGGGCAGCCAUCCUCUACAAGGUGUCAGAUGCCACAGGGCGCAUGGAUCUGACCCAGGUCGCCAGCAGCAGCCCUUUCAGCCAGAGCCUGCUGUGCCCUGACGACUGCUUUGUGCUGGACAACGGCGCUGGUGGCACGGUCUACGUCUGGAAAGGGCGCAAGGCCAACGAGCAGGAGCGCCAGGCAGCUCUGAGAGUGGCCGAGGAGGUGAUCGCCCGCAUGGGCCACCCACCCCACACACAGGUGGAGAUAAUGCCCCAGGGCCACGAGACGCCCUUCUUCAAGCAGUUCUUCACCAGCUGGAAAUGAGCAGCAGGUGCCCACGGGGCAGUGCCAGGCUCAGGGUGUGACCAGGCUUGUGCUGGCU